AUGAGCAGCAGCGGUAGCCCCUCCAAGGAGGGCGACACCGCAUAUGCGUCCAAAACAGACCUUAUAGACUGGAUCAAUAACUUGCUGCAGCUGCAGCUGACGAAGCUCGAGCAGUUCGCUUCGGGCGCCGUGUUCUGCCAGCUUCUAGACGCGUACUUCAGCAAUGUCGUCAACAUCAACAAGGUCAACUUUUUUGCCCGUGACGAGCACGACUCCCUGCCCAACUACAAGCUCCUGCAGUCGGGGCUCAACUCCCUCAACAUCACCCGGGACCUGAACGUGCAGAAGCUGCUGCGCGGCAGCAAGGUGGACACGCUGGAGCUGCUGCAGUACCUGCACAAGUACCUCAAGCGGCUCAAGGCGCUCGACGGCUACGACGCGCGCCAGCGGCGCGCACAGAGCGUGAAGGGCGGCACCGACUCGAUCCCGGUGCCGGGCUGGAUGGCGUCAAACUUUGACAACCUCAGCCAGGGCAGCACAAACGGGCGCAGCGGAUUCCGCACAUCAAGCGGCAACUGGAGCUAUGCAAUGGAGCCGCAGCAGUCGCUGCGCUCGCAGCUCAAGACCAGCGGCAGCCUAAACCCCGGCGCCCACAUGUCAAGGGCGUCCUCCGUCGCAACGGUCACGGCGGCCGUGGCGUCCCUCUCCGCAAACGGCGGCAGCUCCCCCCGCGGCGCAGCGAGCGCGGCGGGGUCCGCGUCAGCCUCCGGCGGCUGGCCGCAGCAGCAGCAGCAGCGGCGGCCGUGCGCGCCGCAGCGGAUGCCGUCGGCGAGCCCCGUGGCGGGGAGGAGCGCGGCGCCGGCGCCCGCGGUGACGACGCCCAGGUCGCACGCGCAUGCCGACGACGACGACGAGCGGUCUGGCACGGUGGCCGUUUUCCAGGUGGUCAGCCACGGCGACGAGCACCUGGCGCAGCUGCGGUCGCAGGCGGAGGACCCCGUGUGCACGACGCGGCUGGUGGUGGCGGACGACGACUUGGCAGGCAAGAUGGCGCGGCCGCUGAGCCCCGGCGGGCGCAGCCUGCUGCAGGCCGCGCUCGACGCCGCGGCCGAGGCGCUGGGCGUGCUGUCCAAGGGCGCGGCCAGCUGCAGCGGGGUGGUGGAGACGCUGGGCAGCAGCACAGACAACCUGGGCCACAGGGGCAAGGUCCGCAGCCUGCAGGACGCGUGCGCGACGCUGCGGUGCCAUGCGGCCCUGCUGAUCUCCGACAUCGACGCCGCCGUGGCGGGCCGGGCGGAGGGCGCGGCCGUGGAGGUGGCGGCCAGCGCCAGGCGGCUGCAGCAGGAGCUGUCCGUGGUUGAUAGGGAGCUCCACACCGCCACGCGCCGCCUGGACGGCCGCCUGCGCGACGCCCCCGUCUCGCCCCUCAACCUCGUCGCGACGCAGCUGCAGCGCCAGCUGACGUCCACCGCCGCGCUGGACGGCGCGCUGCGCGCGGUCGGCACCGCGCAGGCGGCGCUCGCGCAGCGCGCGCACCGGGAGGGCGCGGCAAUUGCGGCGCGCUUCCUCUCUGCGCGCGACGCGCCCGCCGCCGGCGGCGACGCGGCCGGCGCAGCGGCGGUGGCGGGGCCUGCGGGCAGCGGGCCAGUGGCGGCGGGGCCGUGCAAGGUGCUGAAGAUGGGGGACUACGCCAUGAAGCGGCUGCGAAAUGGUGACGUGUACAAGGGCAAGUACAGCGGGGGCCGCAAGAACGGGGAGGGCUGCUACUGCUUCACCAACGCUGAUGUGUACGAGGGCGACUUCACGGACGACCGCAUGGCAGGGGCCGGGGUGUACUCCUUCAGCCCGGAGGGCAGGUAUGAGGGCGAGUGGGCGGCAGCGACGUACGAGGGGGCUGGCAGCGAGACCUUUGCCAAGGGCUCCACCUACCGCGGGCAGUACAGCGGCGGGCUGCGCUCCGGUUGGGGCGUCUGCAGGUUCUUCAACGGGGACUACUAUGAGGGAAAGUGGGAGAAGGGCGUCCGCGAGGGCAUCGGCAUGCAGCAGUGCACUGACGACAGCAACUAUGUGGGCGAGUACGCGCGCGGCAAGCGCCAUGGCUACGGCGUCUACUCCUUCGCCAACGGCGACCAGUACACCGGGGAAUACGAGGAGGACCUGCCGCAGGUGACUGGCGGGGCGGCCGCCGUGGCGGACGGCUACGGUGUGUACGUGUUUGCCAGCGGCCAGAAGUACGAGGGGCGCUGGGAGAAGGGGAAGAAGCACGGCUGGAGCAUAUACACCGUGGAGACGGGCGACGCGGCGGCGGCGGCGGGCGCGGUGGAGGGCGGCGCGGCCGACGGGCAGCCGGCGGAGGUGGCCGACAACCUCGUGCACGCGGCGGCGGCGUGCAAGACGGCCCAGGAGGCAGCUCGGGUCGGCGUGCAGAAGGCGCAGGAGCACUGGCGCGCCGACGGCGACGCGCAGGCCGGCCUGGCCGCGGCGCUCGGCUCCGCCGGCCGCGCCGCUGAGGCUGCGCAGGCGGCGCGCGCCAAGGCGCGGGACCUGGGGCGGAAGCUGCACGCGGCGGCGCUGCUGGUGGAGCUGGGGGGCCGCGGCGCGGAGGGCAUCCGGCUCGCGGGCUCUUGA